AUGGCCAAUUCUGGGCCUAAUUCCAAUGGAUGUCAAUUUUUCAUAUGCUGCAAAGAGGUCCCACAUCUAGAUGGUAAGCACGUUGUAUUUGGAGAAGUAGUUGAGGGAUUUGAUAUUGUAGAUCAAAUAGAAAAGACUAAAGUAGGGGUUCUUGAUAAGCCAUACCCCGAUAUAUCGAUAACCAAUUGUGGUGAGAUGUAG